AACACCAUGUGCGUGCUCCGACUUCGGUUCGUUUUUUAGUCGUGAGUCGGUGAAUUAUUUUCCUUAAAUUUUAGCCUAAAAUCGCCUUCAAAAUCGAUGCCAACAUGAAGGACCUUCCGGUGCUGACCAACCUGAAGCCCCAGUUUCGGGAAAUUCCCAAGGAGCAGAAUAAGGUUCUGGCGAACCUCGGGGCACCGCACAUCGAGUCGUUCGAUUACGUGCUGCGCGAGGGGUUGGCCGACGUGAUUAGGCAGCUUGAUCCGGUGGAGUUUGAGCUGCCGAACAAGGACCGGGUGCGGUUGCGGAUCGGGGAUUGUUCGAUCGCGCGGCCGGUCGUUCCGUUGAGCCAGCUGAACGUGCGGGAGAAGCGGGUUUUUCCGUCGGAGUGCCGACAGAAGAAUGAAACGUACGCGGGGAUGUGCACGAUCACGGUGGACUGGGAGGUGAACGGGCAGCCGAAGCCGGCGAUAACGCGGGACAUUGGGGCGCUGCCGGUGAUGCUGCGGUCGAGGGCGUGUAAUCUGGGCGGGAUGAGUCCGGCGGAGUUGGUGGAACGGGGGGAGCAUGAGGACGAGUGGGGUGGACAUUUUGUUGUGCGGGGGAUGGAGAAGUUGAUCCGGAUGUUGAUUAUGACGAGGAGGAAUUAUCCGAUCGUGUUGAGCAGGAACUCGUGGCGGGACCGCGGGAAGGAGUUUAGCAGCACGGGUAUAAUGAUCCGGUGCGUGAGGACGGACCAGACGUCGACGAACAAUGUGUUGCACUAUUUGGUGAAUGGGACGGCCAAGUUGAUGUUUUCGAUUCGGAGGUCGUUGACGUUCAUUCCGAUUAUGAUGCUGUUGAAAGCGUUGUCGGAUUACACGGACAAUGAGAUUUACAAGCGGUUGAUUGUGGGGUACGAGGAAGAUCAGUACUACAAGCACUGUAUUCAGAACAUGCUGCGGGAGUUGCACGAGGAAGGAAUUCAUAACCAGGUUGAGUGCAAGGAUUACAUGGGAAAAGUGUUCCGGUCGAAGCUGUACUACCUUCCGGCGUGGUACACGGACGCCCAACGAACCGACCAUCUGCUCAAGACGUGCGUUUUGAUUCACCUGGAAAGCGAUCUGGACAAGUUCAACCUGCUGGUGUUCAUGAUGCAGAAGCUAUUUACGGCAGCACAAGGUCGCUGCAAACUCGAAAGUGUCGACAGCACCAUGAUGCAGGAACUUCUGCUCGGUGGCCAUCUCUAUCAGAAAUUGUUGCGCGAGCACUUCCUCACCUUCCUGAACGGCAUGAAGUACAACAUGUUGAAGCUCUGCAGCGACGCCGAUGCCCACCUCGGCCAGAACGAAGCCGUAAUGGCAUGCAAAAACGCAUCAAAUUUCGACCGCGCCUUCUCAAACUUCUUCGCCACCGGAAACCUCCAGAAGGCGAGCGAGAUGGGCCUCAUGCAAGACUCCGGCCUCGUCAUCAUCGCGGAGAACAUCAACCGAAUGCGUUACAUGUCCCACUUCCGGGCGAUCCACCGUGGUUCGUUCUUCGUGACGAUGCGAACGACCGAGGCGCGUCAGCUGCUGCCGGACGCGUGGGGCUUCAUCUGUCCGGUGCACACGCCGGACGGAACGCCCUGCGGUCUGCUGAACCAUCUGACGACGAAUUGUCGCGUUUCGAACAGUCCCGAGCCGAGCAAGGUGCGCAACAUUGAAAAGUAUCUGAUUCAGUACGGGAUGACGCCGGCGAACAGUGUGGCGUUGAGUGGAGGGGGCGUUGGCGAGGGGUACACGGUCAUGGUGGAAGGUCGGAUCGUGGGACGGAUUCCGAAGGCCGUUGUUGGCCAAGCGGUGCAGCAACUUCGCAUGCUCAAGAUCGAAGGGAAGGAGAUUCCGGAGGCGACGGAGAUUGUGUUUAUUCCGAGCAAGGAGGGUGGACAGUAUCCGGGGUUGUACAUUUUUGUCGGUGCGGCUCGGAUGAUGCGACCGGUGAUAAAUCUGGACGCGAACAAGGUCGAGCUGAUCGGGACGUUCGAGCAGGUCUACAUGGACAUUUGCAUUACGGCGAAGGAGGCGUAUCCGAAGGUGACCACGCACAAGGAACUGUCCAAAACCUCCUUCCUGAGCAAUCUGGCCAUGUUGAUUCCGAUGCCGGACUGUAACCAGAGUCCGCGUAACAUGUACCAGUGCCAGAUGGGCAAACAGACCAUGGGAACGCCCUGCCACAACUGGCAGCUGCAGUGCAUCGCCAAGUUCUACCGACUUCAAACGCCAGCCACGCCGCUCUUCCGUCCCGUUCAUCACGAUAACAUCGAUCUGGACAACUACGCGAUGGGCACGAACGCCAUCGUGGCCGUCAUUUCCUACACCGGGUACGACAUGGAGGACGCGAUGAUCAUCAACAAGUCGGCGUUCGAGCGGGGCUUUGCCCACGGAACCGUCUACAAAAACGAACUAAUCGAGCUGAAAGGAGACAGUUUCUUCGCGCGCGAUCCUCGUGACGAACGGCUGAAACAAUUCCUCGACAACGAUGGCCUGCCCUACCGGAGUGCCCUGCUCCAGCAUCGAAACCCAAUGUACUGCUACUUUGACACGAACGACCACACCUAUCACGUGGUCAAAUUCGAUCACCACGAAGACGGCAUCGUGGACAACAUCAAACUGUGCGGCACGACCUCGGCUUCAGCCCCCAAAAAAGCCGUCAUCACGUACCGCAUCGUGCGCAACCCCAACGUCGGUGACAAGUUCGCGUCCCGCGCCGGCCAAAAAGGAAUCUGCUCACAAAAGUGGCCCGCCGUCGAUCUGCCCUUCACCGAGUCCGGCAUGAUCCCGGACAUUAUCUUCAACCCGCACGGCUUCCCCUCCCGCAUGACAAUCGCCAUGAUGAUCGAAACGAUGGCGGGCAAGACGGGCGCAUGCCACGGCCUCGUCCACGAUGCCACCCCGUUCCGAUACACCGAGGAAAACACCGCCAUCGACUACUUUGGCCGGCUGCUCGAGUCCAGCGGGUACAACUACUUUGGCACCGAGCGCAUGUACAGCGGCGUGGACGGGCGUGAAAUGAAGGCGGACAUCUUCUUCGGCGUCGUGCACUACCAACGGCUGCGCCACAUGGUCUCGGACAAAUGGCAGGUGCGCUCGACGGGCCCCCUCGACCAACUGACGCAUCAACCAAACAAGGGACGAUCGCGGGGUGGAGGCGUUCGCUUCGGUGAAAUGGAACGUGACGCGCUGAUCGCCCACGGUGCGUCCUUCCUUCUACAAGAUCGCCUCUUUCACGGUUCGGACAAGAUAACCACGUUGGUUUGUCGUAGCUGCGGGACGCUCAUCGGCCCCAUCAGCAGCAUCACCAAGAAGGUUGCGACGAAUGCGACCGAGACGGAGCGGACGCCGGCCACGUGCCGGCUGUGUCGGAGCGACCAGGGCAUCGGCCACGUCGAGAUACCGUACAUCUUCAAGUUUCUGGUAUCGCAGCUGACGGCGAUGAACAUUAACGUGAAGCUGGAUUUGGCACUGCCAAAGGUUUGAGGUUUUGCGUUAUAGGGUAUAUAUUUGAAUAAAUCGUUUGAUUUAAUUAUU